AUGAGCUACGUGACGCCGAAGAAGGAGACGCGCGGGGGCGCCAAGGACAAGCGCAAGCACAAGCCGUCGGGCGCGACGCCAGUGCCCGAGAAGAAGAAGCCCGGCUCGCGCACGGUCAACAUCUCGGACACGCUCACGAUCGAGUUCACGGACCCCGACGACGACGACGACGAGUCGCCGAUUGUCAAGCCGGCAAAGACGUUAGCCUCACCAGCAUCCACAGCUGCCGCCAUUGUCGAUACGCCGCUGCCGCGCAGCAACCGCAAGACCCGGCGCGACAUGCGGCGCUUGAGCGACAAGAUGGAAACGGUCAAGCCGAUCGUGCUCGAGGCCAAGCCAGACGCUCCAUCAUCGAAAGCGUCGGCGCUGCCACCGACGCAAGUGCUCAAGAUAUUGACCGAGGUGUUUGCCGAGGUCGAGCGCGACGACCGCGCCAUGUACAAGGUCAACCCGGACGUCAUUCGCGAAGAGACGUCGCAGUGCGCCAAGUCGAGCCUCGUCGAGAAGACGAGCGCCGCCGACCUCAAGCGCCUCCUCACGUACGGCGAGGUGCUCCCGGAUGCAUUCACGGACACGAUCAUGCCCUUCUUGGCGCUCGAACCGUCGGAUGUCUUCUACGACUUGGGCUGCGGCACGGGCAAGAUCAUCGUCCAGGUCGCGCUCGAGACGGGGCUCCGCGACGCGCGGGGCAUCGAGCUCAUGCUCAACCGCGUCGUCGAGGGCCAGCGCGCGCUGGACCGGCUCCGCGCCACGUAUCCCGAGCAC